AUGGACAAAAACUCUACACCAGCUAUCAGUCUAGGUGACCUGCUGGUUGCCGCGCCCAUUGACAUGGACAAAUACGAGGCACUUUACAAACACUUCCAUGCUCAUCCGGAACUUUCCAACCUUGAGGCUCAAACUGCCAAAGCCGUUGCAGAGCAGCUGUCGCAGCUCCAAGCUUUCGAUAUCACUACCAAUAUCGGCGGCCAUGGACUUGUCGGCGUGCUGAAGAAUGGCCUAGGUAACACCAUCCUCCUACGCGCUGAUAUAGAUGCGCUCCCAAUAAAAGAAGAAACUGGUCUUUCAUACGCUAGUACAGUCACCAUGCCCGACAUUGAAGGCGUCAUGCGACCUGUGAUGCACGCCUGCGGUCACGAUAUGCAUAUGGCGUGUCUCCUUGCUGCGGCUGAACGCCUCGUCAAGCUGAAGCAGGAGUGGAGCGGCACAUUGAUUGUGCUAUUUCAGCCCGCGGAAGAGCGUGGCACUGGAGCAAAGGCCAUGGUAGACGAUGGUCUUUACGACAAGCACCAGAUUCCUGUGCCUGACUUUGUGCUUGGCCAGCAUGUUAUGGCGAUGCGAGCUGGAAGCGUAGGGUCAAAGACGGGGACAAUCAUGGCUGGUGCGGAUAGUAUGAAGAUUACGCUGUCUGGACUUGGUGGUCACGGUUCGCAACCCCAUCGAACAGUUGACCCUGCUGUCAUGGCAGCUCAUGUUGUAGUACGCCUUCAGUCAAUUGUCAGCAGAGAGAUUAACCCAAGCGAUAUCUCCGUCAUCACAGUCGGCAGUUUACAUGCCGGUCAGACAGAGAACGUCAUUGCAGACUCGGCAGAAAUCGGCCUUGACAUCCGCAGUGUGCGGCCGGAGACGCGGGAGAAGCUCCUGGCCUCGAUACAGCGGGUGGUAAAAGCCGAAUGUGAAGCAAGCGGUGCAACGGCCGCCCCCGUUUUCAAGAUGACUCGGCAUUUGCCAGUCACAGUGAACGACGAGUCGAUGACGACAACGCUGGCCACUAGCUUCAAAGAGCAUUUUGGAAAUGACUUUGAUGCGAACAUCACGGCAACUACCAUUUCAGAGGACUUCUCAGUUCUUGCGACGUCACAAGGUAAACCUUGUGCUUUUUGGCAUUGGGGCGGGAUAGAAACUGGGCUAUGGGAUGAGAAACUGGGAGAAGGAAGGUUGGACGAAAUCCCGGCAAAUCACACAGCAAGGUUUGCGCCUGUUAUACAGCCUACAUUGCGGACGGGUAUCGAUGCCCUUUGUAUUGGUGCACUUACUUUCUUCAAAAAGAGCUUGUGA